UAAAUCCGAUGCACAUCGCAAAAAGGAACGCCCACAUCGUUAUAGAAUAUAUCACUGCUUAUCCGUUUAGACUCCCGGAGAGUAGCGUCGUAUGCGUCUACUGCUGGGACAAAUUUGACGAGGCCUCUGCCUUCAGAAAACACAUGGAUGACGACCACAAAACUGCCAACAUUAAAGUCGCAUUCUCCCACAUUCAUGACGGAUACAUCAAAGUAGAUAGCACGUUUUUAAAAUGCAGGAAAUGUCGCGUUCCCUUCAACAAUAUCGAUGAAGGUGCCCGUCAUGUUAAAGAAAUACAUAAACAAAAUAUAGACUUAGAUUACGAUUUCGGUGUGCAACCCUUUCAUAUGGAAGAUGGGAAGUUUUCAUGUGGCGUUUGUCGGGCGAAAUUCUCUAAUUUGAGGACCCUAAGCAGACAUGUGCAAAAACAUUUCUUUCAAUGUACUUGCGAGCUUUGCGGCAAAUCUUUCUCGUCUUCCGCCUCCUUACAAAAGCAUAUCGAAUUCUCGUGCCCUCAUGUUCCAAAAGUAAGAAAAUGUAGGCGGUGUCGCAUAGUUUUGUACUCAAACGAAGAUCAAAAAAGACAUUUCGAAUCCUCGCAGAAAUGUCGACAGCAUUUAUGCUCUUCUUGCGGCGAAAGAUUCAGCACAUGGAAAAUCAAAAGGCACCACAUGGAACUAGCUCACGGAAUACCCAAAAAGGAUUACCCUUGCCCCGAAUGCGGAGUAGUCUUCAAAAAGCCCAAUCUCUUCCGAUCUCAUUUCAAAAUUGUCCAUACCGAUGAUCAUUUUAAAUGCCCAAGUUGUGAGCGAAAGUUCGAUACGAAAUACGGUUUGGAUAGGCACAUGGUGGUCCAUUCGAACGAACGUCUUUUCUCCUGUGAUAUAUGUUCGAAAUCGUUUCCCCGAAAAUCAACCCUUAGACAACAUAUGUGGAUACAUAGUGACGUCAAAAGGUUUGAAUGUAAACUCUGCGAUAAACAAUUUAAUCAGAAGGUCAGUUGGAAGACCCAUAUGAAGUCGUAUCAUCCUGGUUUGUGUGAUUUCUAACUUCUGUUAUCUCUUUGAUAUUAUACAAUUGUUGGUUUUUGCCCAAGUUAUAACGUCAUCAGGCGGUCUACCACCUUGUCUUAAAAUGAUAUGCUUGCAGUUAUGGAAAAGAGCAGCUGUAGAGCAUUGUCACCUUUCGUUAUUGGAUUCAGAAUAGUUUUUAAAGGUUAAUUGGUUGUUUUUAAUAAGUCAAUUGUUUUUAGCUGUUGAUAGUGCAAUGAUUUGAUAUCUCUCCGGUUUGAUGAACCAAACGAAGUUUUAUGUAACAUAAAUUACGUUUUUGAAUGUUGACAUGUGUUUCGUUGAUCGUUUUAAGCAAUAUGAUUGUGCAAUUCCUUUUAAAUUAUGUAUUUUAAGCAAAAUUAGAAAAACUGGUAUAUUUACUUGUAUAAAUACAUUAUGAAUUAUUUUUCACUGGGGUCGAUUUAGGUACUCGCUAAGUUUAUUUUAACAUAGGCCAAUGUUGAGCCUGCCUGAAAAUAAUAUGUAAGAAUCGAUAAAUAAUUAGAAAUCUACAUCAGGGAGGUUACUAUAGAAAUAAGUAUAGGAAA